AUGGCGGGCCUCGACACCCCUUUUUCUCACUGGCCAAUUUUGGGACUGUCCCUGCCCCGCAAGCAGAGAGACACGCCCUCGCUUGUGCCAGCCCCUGCAUUUAAGAUUCUGAGCACGGUGGAGGCCCAGGCUUCCAGCACCCCAGGCCCGUCGGGCUGCGGCCCUGUCCCCGUGGCUGUGUCGGUGGUGGCGGUGCCGGGGCCAGGGGUGGCCGCGGUGCUGCCCAAUGGGGCCCCCCCAGGCCCCGCUGCAGCUGAUGACAGCAAAACCAACCUGAUUGUCAACUACCUGCCCCAGAGCAUGAGCCAGGAGGAGCUGAGGAGCCUCUUUGGCAGCCUCGGGGACAUCGAGUCCUGCAAGCUCGUCCGUGACAAGGUCACUGGGCAGAGCCUUGGCUAUGGCUUCGUCAACUACGUUGAGGCAGGUGAUGCCGACAAGGCCAUCAGCACACUCAAUGGACUCAAGCUGCAGACCAAGACCAUCAAGGUGUCCUAUGCUCGGCCCAGCUCAGCCUCCAUCCGUGAUGCCAACCUCUAUGUGAGUGGCCUCCCCAAGGCGAUGGGGCAGAAGGAGAUGGAGCAGCUCUUUUCCCAGUACGGCCGCAUCAUCACCUCCCGCAUCCUUGUUGAUCAGGUCACAGGUGUCUCGCGGGGAGUGGGCUUCAUCCGCUUUGACAAACGUGUGGAGGCAGAGGAGGCCGUCCGGGGGCUGCACGGGCAGAAACCGCUGGGUGCCGCCGAGCCCAUCACAGUCAAGUUUGCCAACAGCCCAGGGCAGAAGGCGGGGGGGGCCCUGCUCAGCCUCUGCCCCAGCGCCCGCCGCUACGGGGUCCUGCACCACCCCCCGCAGCGCUUCCGGCUUGACAAUUUGCUGAAUGUGGCCUACGGCGUGAAGAGGUUCUCCCCCCUUGCCAUCGAGGCAGUGCCGGGGCUGGCCGGGGUGGGCCUGGGGGCUCCUGGCACUGGCUGGUGCAUCUUCGUCCUGGCACCUGAGGCGGAUGAGAGCGUCCUCUGGCAGCUUUUCGGGCCCUUUGGUGCUGUCACCAACGUCAAGGUCAUCCGUGACUUCGCCACCAACAAGUGCAAGGGCUUUGGCUUCGUCACCAUGACCAACUACGAGGAGGCCGCCAUGGCCAUCGCCAGCCUCAAUGGCUACCGCUUGGGUGAGCGUGUGCUCCAGGUCUCCUUCAAGACCAGCAAACAGCACAAGGCUUGA